GGAAGCGGAUAUUUCCUUUGUGUAGCCUCUACGAUUAAUCGGGUCGAUAAUUACGAUUGGGCCUGUGUAGCUUGUUCUUCUAUGUUAGGGGGAUAUAAAAAAGAUGGGAAUCAGAAGGAUUAACAUAGGAGAGGCAACCGAGGUGCUUAGUUUCCAGUAUCUAGCAGUUUAAAAUUAAGAAAACCAAGCUGAUGAGUGAACAGGUUCUUUGUGUAAAAAGGCGUUACUAGAUGUAAAUAUAACAUAAGUAAAGGAAACCAAGAAUAAAGACUUACUUUAAAAAAAAAAAAAUUUAUAACGAUGGUCGUUCGAAAUAUUCUACUUAUCCUGGCGGUAUGUGCAUUCUGUGAGACGUAUCGAACUAGAAGACAGACAACGACCUACAAAAUAGACACCAAGGUUGUCACCGACGUGGAGAUGUAUAAAAGAUGGUCGACCUAUGUCCGCGAAACGUCAUCAGAAACCGAUGUUAAGAAACUCGACACUCAAACACAGAACAUGAUCCAAGAAUAUGUUUCUCGGUGUUUCCAUCAGGCGAAUGUAAGACUCGCUACUCUUAAUCUAGGCUUCACAGUGCAACUGCAACUCGUCGAUAUUGAAUUUAAUUAUAGUGCUGCCAACGCAAACAACAUUAAUGCCGAACAAACGCUCAACACGUUUAAAGAUUGGUUGGUAAAAAACAGCCAAUCAAAUUUGAUAGACCGAUAUGACCACGUGAUGCUGUUUACCUCGACCGCCCUGGCCUCUGUAUCAAGUUCUGGUGGAGAGGUACAAGGUCUGGGCCACGCCUAUGUUGGGACCAUGUGCAAAAAAGAUGGCACCAGUUCUUCUGUUGUAGAGGACAAAGGGGGAUUCCAGAGCAGCUUUCCAAUCGCGCAUGAAAUAGCUCACAGCCUCGGAGCCCAACAUGAUAGUUUUUAUCCAGGCUGCAGCGAUAGUACCUUAUACCUUAUGUCAGGGUUGGCUUCUGACCCCGUGUCGACACGGUGGAUAUUUUCAAACUGCUCAGCAAACAGCAUUAAAACCUAUAUCAACUCGAUAUUACAGUCAUCAAGUGCCAGUUGUCUAACUACCAGCAGCACUGCAUUGAACGCGUUUGAGAGCACAGUAGGUAAUAACUCUGGACAGGAUUACCCAGCCAACCAACAAUGUCAGAUGAUGUACGGUAAAACAUCGCAUGUUUGCUAUGGUGCAAAUUUUAGCAAUGUUGGUGACAUCUGUACCUCAAUGUUCUGUCUUGAUCCCGUGGCUUCCAAAUCUUCCCCAACAUGUACGAAACAUUUUGCUGCAGAAGGAACUUCUUGCGGAGACGGGAAGUGGUGUAAACUAGGAAUAUGUACCGUCGAUUCAAUAGCUCCAGUUAUUGGAAGCUGCUCUCUAGGAGACAACGUUAAUAAAGUUAAAGUGAAUGGCAUCGAUCUUUCGUGUACCCAAGCGGUCGCAACAGCCCCCCAUUUUUAA